CCUCUGGCCCAUCCUAAACCACUCUGGCCCGCCAGUGCUCUUUCUCUCCCAUUCUCUGAAAAUAAUUAGGGUGGGAAAAAAUAACCGCCGCCGCCGCUUCAAUACGUGACGUCGUCGCUUACGUUCACUCUCACUCGAUCGAUAAUUGUCCUCUUCGUCGUUGCUCACCAACUCCUCAAUUCUCGACUCAAUCCUAAAUGGGCUGGCGAGGGAUUCUUGGGUUCGACUACGGCAUCGUUCAGGGGCCCCUGGGACCCGACAUCUCGGGCCCCGAGCUCGUCGCCGCCGUCGCCAAUGCCGGUGCCAUCGGAAUCCUUAGAGCCCCCGAUUGGGAAUCCCCUGAUUAUAUGCGGGAGUUGAUAAAGAAAACAAAAUCCUUAACAGACAAGCCAUUUGGAGUUGGAAUAGUUCUAAAGUUUCCCCACAAGGAAAAUAUAAAGAUUAUAUUGGAAGAAAAGGUGGCAUUAUUGCAGGUUUCAUGGGGUCAGUACCCGAGAGAGCUUGUUUCUGAAGCUCAUGGUUGCGGGGUUAUGGUUAUUCAUCAACUUGGGUGUAUUGAAGAAGCAGCAAAAGCAAAACAUGCUGGAGUGGAUGCAAUUAUAGUUCAAGGUCGUGAGGCAGGAGGGCACGUACUUGGUCAGGAAGGAUUGCUACCAUUAUUACCAAGGGUUGUAGACUUAGUUUCAGAUUGUGGUAUUCCAGUCAUCGCUGCAGGUGGCAUUGUGGAUGGGCGUGGCUAUGUUGCUGCUGUGGCCCUUGGAGCUAGUGGUGUCUGCCUCGGAACUAGGUUUCUUGCGAGUACAGAAAGCUUUGCCCAUCCUUUAUACAAGAAGAGUCUGGUUGAAUUAGAUAAAACUGAGUACACAAAUGUAUUUGGUCGUGCAAGGUGGCCUGGUGCUCCGCAUCGCGUUCUGCAGACUUCCUUCUUCAAUGAUUGGAAGAAUCUUCCGGACCACGAGAAUGAGGAAAACCAGCCUGUCAUUGGUCAUACAAUAAUUCAUGGAAGAGAAAAAGAGAUACGCUGCUUUGCUGGCACGGUUCCAAAUGCGACAAUGACAGGUGAUAUUCAGAGUAUGGUGAUGUAUGCUGGUCAAGGUGUUGGCCUCAUCAAGGAGAUUCUUCCUGCUGCUGAAAUUGUGACGAGACUUGUUGAGGAAGCAAAACGGAUCAUUCAACAGAAGUUUUCUCAUGACUUUGUGCACCAUGCAGAUAUUGCCGGUGCAGGUUCUUGCUGACCAAAUGAGGACUGGACCUUCUUGUUCACUCAUGAAUUAGAUACGCGUAUCGUAUGCAGGUGAAUUUGACGUGUGAAUCAUGUAAAUGAUGUUGUUCAUAACACAGAUACCCGUGCAAUUGUUACAAUAAGAGAUGCAAAACCACAGCAUCCAUUGUCGUAUUUCUGGCUAGAUUUGAUGAAAGUAAGAGCUAUUAAUCCAUCUUUGGUAUCCAAAAUGUUCUUAUUAUGAUAAAGGCUGUUGUAAGACUAAAUUUGUUUUGAAACUUUUCAGUCGUUGCGACGUAAAUCGCUA